UUUGGAGUCGAGGUUAAGCGGCUGCAUCACUAGAUAUCGUGAGAGUUUUCCACUGUGAAUCUUGCGCAUCAAACACAUUGCUUGAAUCUGUAGUGAAAGUACUGACCAACAGUGGAUAUGAAGAGUCGUAUGCUUGAAUCGCUUGUAAUCUACAAUUCACAUGAGGUCCCUGAUUAUGAAGCCUUAUAUUAAGGCACCAAUUGUUAUGACUGGGAUUCCCCUUUAUUCUCUCUUCCUCUGGCUGGUUGACCAACUGCAUCUGGUGCUGCUGUCCGCCGAUAUCUGCCUGCCCCUUCACUAUUUCCGGGCCCCAAUUGCCCUGUGCACACGGCAUCUCCAGAAUUUGGCCUCCGUUCUAGAAGGACUAACGUCCGCUAUCGAAGAUGCAGGUCAUCGCCCCGGCUCUAAAUACGUCAGGCUCCCAGCAAAUUUCCUUGUCUUUGCUGCUCCGUUGGGGGGAAAUGAGGAGGCGGAAGGAUUGCACGGACUGGCGCGUCACGAUCGAAAGACUUGUCCCUGUCGGUGGUGGGCCGGUAGCUCGUGAAAAGAUUCCCUUUGGCGUGGUUUUCUCAUAUGCUUUGAUGAAGAAUACAUCGCGCUGAGACCGAGGUAGCCGGUGCGCGUGGAUAUCGAUUAUGAAUUGCCAAAUAAUACGUAGAUGAUCGGGUCCUUCGCACUUUCGUCGAA